AACGCACCUGGGACGACGCCUCCCCUCCCGGCCCCUCCUCCAGCUGCCUGGAGGAGAAAAGUCACAGCGGGGGCGCGGCCCGGCCUCCGCCCCCGCCCGCCCCGUCCGGGUCCCCGCCCGCCGUCCCUGAGCUGCGCGCCUAGAGUUGCGACCCGCGCGCCCCGCUCCGCCGCCGCCGCCCCGGCCCGGGCCGCCAUGUCUCUGGGGAAGAGAAUCAUCUACAAGAGUGUGUGCCUGUCCCUGGCCCUGCUAGUGGCCAUAGCAGUAUUCCAGCGCGGUCUGACCCCCAGCCAGUUUUUACAAGAGCCCCUGCCACCCACCCUAGGGCCACAGAAGGCCCAAAAACCGAGUGGACACCUGGUGAACCUCAAUGACUUCUGGAAGAACUCGAAGGAUUUGGUCACCCCCACGCACAUGGCCUCACAGGGGCCUCAGGCCUGGGACGUGACCACCACUAACUGCUCAGCCAAUAUCAACUUGACCCACCAGUCCUGGUUCCAGGGCCUGGAGCCGCAUUUCCAGCAGUUUAUGCUCUAUCGCCACUGCCGAUACUUCCCCAUGCUGCUGAACCACCCGGAGAAGUGCAACGGUGACGUCUACCUGCUGAUGGUCGUCAAGUCAGUCAUCACGCAGCAUGACCGCCGCGAAGCCAUCCGCCAGACCUGGGGCCUGGAGCAGGAGUUGGUGGGCAGGGGCCGCGGCGCCGUGCGUACCCUCUUCCUACUGGGCACGGCCUCCAAGCAGGAGGAGCGGGCUCACUACCAGCAGCUGCUGGCCUACGAGGACCGCCUCUACGGCGACAUCCUGCAGUGGGACUUCCUUGACAGCUUCUUCAACCUGACCCUCAAGGAGAUCCAUUUCCUCAAGUGGCUUGACAUCUACUGCCCCAACGUCCGCUUCGUCUUCAAGGGCGACGACGAUGUCUUCGUCAACCCCACCAACUUGCUGGAGUUUCUGGCCGACCGGCAGCCACAGGAAAACCUAUUUGUGGGUGACGUCCUGCAGCACGCUCGGCCCAUCCGCAAGAAGGAUAACAAGUACUACAUCCCCGGGGCUCUGUACAGCAAGGCCAGCUACCCACCCUACGCCGGCGGCGGUGGCUUCCUGAUGGCCGGUGGCCUGGCCCGGCGCCUGCACCAUGCCUGCGACACUGUGGAGCUUUACCCCAUCGAUGAUGUCUUCCUGGGCAUGUGCCUGGAGGUGCUGGGCGUGCAUCCCAUGGCCCACGAGGGCUUCAAGACUUUUGGCAUCUCCCGAAACCGCAACAGCCGCAUGAACAAGGAGCCGUGCUUUUUCCGCUCCAUGCUGGUUGUGCACAAGCUGCUGCCCGCUGAGCUGCUGGCCAUGUGGGGGCUGGUGCAUGGCAACCUCACCUGCUCCCGCAAGCUCCAGGUGCUCUGACCCCAGCCAGGCCACCAGCAUAGUUACAGCCUAUGCUCUUGAGCCCCAGAAGUCAUGGGGCUGGAGCUGCAAUGUCAGGGCAUAGCCUUUGGUCCCCAGCAGGGAAGUGGAGUGUUUGGGCCUCAUGUGCCCAUGGGUGUGGUGGGGUGCAGGUAGCCAGAGGGGGGCCACCCUGUGUGGACACUCUCCAAAGAGUGGAACUAAGGCCCAGAAACAUUUGAAACUGUCCAGACUGGAGGUCAUCUGGGGAGCGAAGCUGCUGGCAGCCCCCCUAACCUGGGUUCUUUGCCUGGCUCCCUCUGACCUGGUGGGAGGCCCUGGUGGCCUCUGAAGGAACCCUGUGCUCAGGUACCUGGGCUAGGCCUGGCCCUAGAUGGCUCUGUGGCGGCCCUUUUUCUUCAUAGAAGAUUCUCCUCCCAUGAAAUGCCUCAGUUUCCCCAUGGGCCCAAGCGACCCGUUCAGGAGAAGCUCAACCCUGUGCAGGCUCACAGCCCCGCCUUCCUGCCCCCCACUGUCCAUGCCCCUGGGUCUCCUGGAGACAGAGCGUCAGAAGACCCUCAGCACCACCCUCCCAUGCACUUCCCUCCCCCCGCCCCAGACCUACCUGGAGUUGGCUGCUCAGCCUCUGCUCCCAGGUAGCUUCAGUCCAGGCGACGUCCUGUGAUGCUCCAUCUUGUGUCUGUCUGGAAGCACGACCAGCCGCUCUGACUACCUCAGUGACCCUCAGAACCUCUGGAUGGGCUGCAGCCCCACCCCCACCCCCUGACACAGGGCCAAAGAGCAGUGCUCAGCCCCACAGUCACGGUGCUGCCCACCCAGCCUGAGCCGAGGGCCCUCCUGCAGCCCCACUGAGGCCUGGCUCCCUGGCCGGAAACCAGCCAUUUUAGCCCUGGAAGUGGACAUACCUCUAUUACUGUGAAGUUUUAUUUAUAAAAGAUUUGGAGGAAGAAGGUGCCAGGCCUCAGAAGAUGGUGGGUUCUUCCCGUCCCUUCCUUCAUUCCAGCAAGACACCACCUCCCUCGCCACUCUUACCCACCCCCAGGGCACCCUCAUGCCUGUCACAGCCCCCCUCCGGAACCUGGCCUGCUUCUCCAGGACCUGGGCAAACCAUCAUUUGCCCCAGGGAAGGGAUGGAAUGUCCCUCAUGGGCCACCAUGCCCAGUUUCAGGAGUCCUUGGGGGUGGGUGCAGGAUGCCACCUCAUAUCUCGAGGUGGAGUCACCUGGGAAAAGAGUGAGGAAUUGACUCUAUUUUCUCAAUAAAAAGGGACUGGUUUUU